GCAAGAUCGAGAGAGAGACUUGCACAAAAACACUUGCCCAUCUCAAUUCUAUUCCUGGGUUAUGUGUCGAGGAAGAAAAGGAAAGUGUUAACAGGUGACUGGAAAUGCUCCUAAAAACGUGAUUAUAGUUGUCGUGUGAGAGUUAAAUGUGUGUAGUGUGUGUUGAGAGUGUUUAUUGUUCUGUUUUACGCCUGGAAUUGAAUGAUUACUUAAUGGAGGAAAGAGAAAACAGGGUAAGGAAAAUAUGAGGGCGAUCUAUUUGGUAGAGCGAUCACACACACUCGUCAAAGAAUAAGAAAAUAAACCGAACGGACCGAACUAUCCGAUUGGCUCAUGUUCUGUACGUGUUAUGUUUGUUUGCGUGUGUGUUAGUGCGUUGUGUGUUUGUGUGUUUGUGUGUGCGUUGAGGAGUCUGCGCCGCCACCAUGAGGAUACUGACAAGAAGAAUUAACAAACUGCUGUCGCUUAUCGUUAUCAUGUGUCUUGCUACUCUGCUGAUCAAGACUGGUGACGUGGAGAGACAGAGACAGGUAACUUUGGUCCCUAUGCCGCUAGAAGACAAGGACGACUUUGACUUGAACCAGACAGUCCUGCGCGCAAAAGGCCCUCUCGCAGCGGACGACCCCGGCGCCAUCACACUCCUUCGCCAGCAAUACCUCCAGGCGCCUGACGACCUCCCAUACGACCUUCGCGAGGACUGGGACAUGCAGUACACACGCUACGGGAGCCUCUAUCCUUCCUGGGGCUUCAUACACCACAUCCUGAAGGACCUAUACGCUGGGGGUCCUUUGGGGUACUUCGUGGAGGCAGGGGCCUUAGACGGGGAAUACCUGUCGAACACCUUACACCUGGAGAGGCAAUUAGGGUGGACGGGGCUGCUUAUAGAGGCUGAGGAAGAGAGUUAUGCGGCCCUCAGGAGGAAGCACAGGAAGGCGUGGUCCUCGAAGGCGUGUGUAGGGGCCAAAGAGUUCCCGUAUGAAGCGGUUAUGACGAGCUUCAGAGAACAGGGUGAGGCGAAAUGGUCAGGCCGAGGCGCUGCGAGGCUGGAGAAGAACCCCAUCGAGCAAGGCGGGGAAGGUCCGGGCUAUAGAACCUACCAGCAGGUCCAAUGCUUUCCCCUCCUGACCUUCCUCCUCGCUACCAACACCUCCGCAGUGGACCUCUUCAGCUUGGACGUGGAGGGCGCAGAGUGGGAUAUCCUAAAGUCCUUCCCCUUUGAUAGGAUUCCCGUGGACGUCUGGGUCAUCGAACACGUGAAUAAGAAGGAUAAUGGGAGUGGGUCUGAGUUGGCUGAGCUGUCUUCGGCGUCUCCUGAGUUCUUCAAUGUUAGUGAUUCGCAGGGCGGUCAUGGUACAGCGACCUCAUCCUCUUCGUUUUCUUCGUCCUCGUCUUCGUGGGAAUGGUACGAAGACCCAGAAUUCGUGGCCUUCAUGGAGAGCCGCGGGUACUACCUCCUCGACGUCUUCUGUCAUCCAAUACCCGACUACGUCUUCGUCAGGCUGGGCAGCGCGGCGUUCCAUAGGCUGGGCGUCCCUCGCUCUUUGUGGCGGAGGCGAGGCGUGUGCGGGGAUAAAGGCGUGUGGAAGGACAAUGCUACCUACGACCCACGCCUGCACAGAGAUCCUAGACACUGGCCGAGCCUUGAGUACUUUGCGAAGGAUGGGAAGGAUGGGGAGGGGAGGGAGAAGAAGGGUGGUGGGGUUUUAGAGAGUGACUGGAAGGUGUGGUGAGGUUACGGGGGCUCUGUAGUAGUGGUGGUAGUAGUAGUAGUAGUAGUAGUAGUAGUAGUAGUAGUAGUAGUAGUAGUAGUAGUAGUAGUAAUAUAAGCAGUUCUACUUAUAUAGCCUAGUUUGUAUUUGUAUCUCAAGAAAUUAAAUAGGAAAAACAAGGUAGAAAUUCUUAUCAUACACCAAUAGCUCACGAAGUUAUCAAGGAAACACGAAAUAAAAUAAGGUUGCUUUGAG